AUGUAUCGCACCUAUCAUCGUCACCCGCAUCGAUCAUCACAUGGAUUGCACCAUCUUCGUCGAAUGCCAGCUACUGCUAUUCGAUACCCAAGAUCUCGAUUAUCUCCUCGGCACAUGAUGAUGCGUCGUCCUAUAUUUUAUCCUCCACCACCUCCUGUCAAGUCACAAGGUUGCUGGGAUAUUUUACUUUCUAUACUUGCUGCAUUAUUUUGUAUCAACAUAAACCGAGGAGGUAUGCGAGUAGUACCUGGCGGUGGCGUUGGUGGUGGUUUUGGUAGAAUUAUAACGGCUGGUGGUGGAGUUACAUCAGGUGGUGGUGGGGUAACAAUAGGUGGUGGGGGGGUUACAGUUGGUGGUGGAGGCUCCUCCAAUUGUGGAGGAGGAGGAGGAGGAGGAGGAGGAGGAGGUUGUGGGGGAGGAGGAGGAGGAGGAGGAGGAAGUUGUGGAGGUGGUGGAGGAGGGGGAGGAGGUUGUGGAGGUGGUGGUGGUGGCGGUUGUGGAGGUGGUGGUGGUGGUGGUGGCGGUUGUGGAGGUGGUGGUGGCGGCGGCGAUUAA